UGGCGGUGUCUGGCGAUGGAAGUGCCACCGUGUCCAGAGAGCUGCGCGUCACGUUAGCGCAGCAGACGCUCUUGUUUACAGCCGCAGCCGAGCCGUGUUUUACGGGCCUAGUCCUUUAUCUGUCGGUUUAUUGCUUUAUGGCGGGUGGUUCUCUGUUUCUCUCAAGGGUCGGUGUAUGAGAGCUCCAACCUGGAUCGAGGCGGCGGCAACAGGAAGAAGAAGAUAGAGGAGUUCUCUAGGUCUUCUCGGGAGAAACUGGUCCAGUCCAAGAACAAAAUGUUCUCCAAAUUCACCUCUAUCCUCCAGCAUGCGGUGGAAGCGCUGGCCCCUUCCCUGCCUCUGCAGGAGGACUUUGUCUACCACUGGAAGGCCAUCACCCAUUACUACAUCGAGACGUCCGACGACAAGGCCCCGGUGACCGACACCAACAUCCCGUCCCACCUGGAGCAGAUGCUGGACAUCCUGACCCAGGAGGAGGAGGAGCGGGAGUCGGGGGAGACGGGCCCCUGCAUGGAGUACCUCCUGCACCACAAGAUCCUGGAGACCCUGUUCACCCUGGGCAAGGCCGACUGCCCCCCGGGGAUGAAGCAGCAGGUGUUGACCUUCUACACCAAGCUGCUCGGGCGCAUCCACCAGCCCCUGCUCCCUCACAUCAACGUGCACCGGCCCGUCCAGAAACUGAUCCGGCUCUGCGGGGAGGUGCUGGCGGCGCCCACGGAAAACGAGGAGAUCCAGUUCCUCUGCAUCGUGUGCGCCAAGCUGAAGCAGGACCCGUACCUGGUCAACUUCUUCCUGGAGAACAAGGCCAGGAGGCCCGAGGCACAGAGCCCCGGAGGCCCAGUGGGGGCCAGGGGCGGCCUGGCCUCCCCGGACACGGGUCAGCCCCACGGGGACCAGCCCCCGGCCCCCGGCGAGGAGCCACAGGCUGGGGCCGCCGCCGCCGCCGCCGCCGGUAGUCCAGCCAACAGCCGCAGCUCCGACAACAACCACAGCAGCAACAACUACAACCUGGUCACCUCCCUGCUCAACCUGACCAGGAGUCCGGACGGCCGGGUGGUGGUGAAGGCGUGCGAGGGCCUGAUGCUGCUGGUCAGCCUGCCCGAGCCCGCCGCCGCCAAGUGUCUGACGGAGAACACAGAGCUGGUGGAUCUGCUGACCGACCGGCUGUCGGGCUUCUACAAGGCCCUGCCCACCUCCAUGGACCCUCUGGACAUCGAGACGGUGGAGUCCGUCAACUGGGGUUUGGACGUGUACAACUUGAAGGACGAUGCGGCCAUCUUUGCGGGGAAGAGAGGACUGAUCUCCUUCCUGUCAUGGCUCGACUACUGUGACCAGCUCAUCAAGGAGGCUCAGAAGUCGGCAGCCACGGUGAUGGCCCGGGCAGUGAGAGAGAGGUUCUUCAUUCCCGUCAUGGAGCCUCAGCUGAUGCAGACGUCUGAGGUGGGCAUCCUGACCUCCACAGCGCUGCUGAACCGGAUCAUCAGGCAGGUGACGUCGGAGGCCCUGCUGCAGGAGAUGGUCUACUUCCUGCUGGGGGAGGAGCGGGAGGCGGAGACCCCCACGGGGGUGACGCGCUACCCCCUCAGACACAGGCUCAUCGAGCACUGCGACCACCUGUCGGACGAGAUCAGCAUCAUGACGCUGCGGCUGUUUGAGCAGCUGAUCCAGAAGCCCAGCCAGCACAUCCUGUUCAGCCUGCUCCUGCGCAGCCUGGAGGAGAGGAACUACCUGGAGAACAAGCCCGCGGAGGAGCCCCUGGAGAAUGGCCUGGCCCACGACGCCGUAGACCUGGAGGAGGACCCCCUGUUCGGGGACGACCCCUCUGCCGACGGCAGGCUGACCGGCUCCGACUGGCUGAGUCCGUCUCCGUCGCAGAGUCCCGACCACGGCAAGACGGACGGCAAGACGGAGGUCCACAAGAUCGUCAACAGCUUCCUGUGUCUGGUGCCGGACGAGGCCAAGUCGUCCUAUCACGUGGAGGGCACGGGUUACGACACCUACCUGAGAGACGCUCACAGACAGUUCAGGGACUACUGCGGGGUGUGCCAGCGCUGGGACUGGCGUGGGACCCCCAAGCCCAUCGAGAAGUGUGACCUAGAUAGACCCUUCUUCGAGGGCCACUUCCUGAAGGUGCUCUUCGACAGGAUGGGGCGGGUCCUCGAUCAGCCCUACGAGGUGAACCUGCAGGUGACCUCUGUGCUCUCCAAGCUGUGUCUGCUGCCCCACCCCCACAUGCACGAGUACCUGCUGGACCCCUACAUCAACCUGGCCCCUGGCUGCCGCUCCCUCUUCUCCGUCAUCGUCAGGGUGGUGGGCGACCUCAUGUUGAGGAUUCAGCGCAUCCCCGACUUCACCCCAAAACUCCUGCUUGUGAGGAAGAGGCUGCUCGGGCUGGAGCCGGAAGGAGUCAACGUGGACCACAUGACUCUCCUGGAGGGCGUGAUCGUGCUGGAGGAGUUCUGCAAAGAGCUGGCGGCCAUCGCCUUCGUCAAAUUCCACGCCACUGCCACGUCCUCGCCGUAACCCCGCCCUCUCCCCCCCUCUGGACAUCGAGCGUGGGGGUCGGUCGGGGCGGCGCGGGGGGUAAGGCGGGAACAACAGUGAACAAUCACCAACCAACAAGCAAUUGUUUGGGGG